AUGUCCACUCCUGUCCCGCCCACGCACGUAUACAAAGCCAGUGACCCACCUCAGCUGCAUCAAACUUCGAUGGAGGCUCUUCGGGAAUACUUCAUACACCUGGAUUACUACAACCGGCGCGUGGCCCGUGUACCCGUCACUGCCAACCACGACAAGAUCGAAGGCGCUGGUAUGGGGUUGCAAGUCCUGGCGCUCAAAAACUGGUUCUCUCAAGGGUUGAGCAAACACCUUGCUAAACCGUACGCCCAAUUCAAGUCGGAGUUGAUCCGCCGCGCCGUGCCCGCCAAUUUCGUCUGGACGCAACUCGAGGUGUUGCACCGGCAACACCAAGUGACGGGUCACGAUGUACACGCGUUCCAGGACUUCUCUGAUCGAAUGCGCGUCCUCCAGAUGGAGAUUGGGUUCCAGGUCGUCUCGGAUCAGGAACUCGCCAAGCUUGUUCUCCUCGGCACUGAUCCCGAGCUGUGCCGACUCCUCCGCACGCAUGUCGUCUCGUUGCUAGCUGGAUGGUCCGACCUCUCACUCAAGAGACUCGCUCUCGAUGCUCCCGCCCCAGCUGUGGUCUCGGAAACCGACGUCUACAGUGAUGCACCGGCGGAGCAACCCGGGGAGUUUGAUUAUCAAGUAUUCGAACGGAUUGGACGUGAAGAGUGGGACGUCAUCGCGCAACGCCGAGCGGCCAUUACGACCCAAGUCGCCGCACUCCAACAACAGCGGUCCAACACACGACCGACGGCCUUCGCAACGGCCUCGACAAUGCGACCAGCCCCCACCACAGCCCCAGCCUUGGGGGGACCCCUGUUGAAUUGCAUUCUGUCAAGCGUUCGAACACUUCGACAUCGGGCCGCCGUUUGA